UUGGCCCCUCCCCGCGCGAAGAUUUGAAAACGGCUUUGUGAAGGAAGGAAGGCGAGUGUCGAGGACGAACAGGAAAAACACAUUUAGAAAUGGCUCCCAGGAAAAGGACCACCAAACAACGCAAAAAUAACCCCAAGACGGCAAAACUGGAAGCUUUUAUGGAGGAUUUUGACAGCGAGGUGAAGACUAGAGUUGGACAGGUGAAAGAGAAGAUAAACCAGAUGUUGAAAGAUAUUGACAACAGCUACAACAUGGCAAUAAUUAAGCUCCCCAAGGCUGUCAGACAAAUGAACUGGUUGGAGCAUUGGAAGUCUGAGAAACCACAAACACCAGAACUCGAUAAUGCAAAGAGAAAAGAGGAAGCUGCACUCGUGGAAAGUGUUGUGGCUAAGGAUCAUACAUCUCUUCUAAAAACAAUUGAGAAAACAUUAAAGAAGAAAGGUGGGGCUACAUUGAGCUCUGAGGAUGAAAACGUCCCAAGCACAACAAAAAAGGGGAGAACUACCAGAAAGCCCCCGACUAAAACAAAGAGGGCAAAGGCGCUGUCGAUCAGCAAGCAGAGCUCCACCAUCAGACGAUCAAACAGGAACCCCCUGAUUACUCCUGCCAGAAGCUUGCUCGAUUCUUCUGUGAUGAUGGGACCCACUCCUCUUAUUACCCCCCGCUUUGACCCAAGGCUUCCCAAGACCCCCGCAGUGAGAGUUCCCCGCCACAAGGAGAGGGUCUAUAGCAUUUCAGUCAACGGCUCUCCCAUUGCAGCAGGAAAUGAGGAUAUUGUCAUCAAUGUUCCCGUUGGGAAUGGAGAGAGCAUUCAACUGCUGGCCAGUCAGAUGGACUCAGUAGAUCUGUCACUGCUGGACGAAACCGCCAUGAGGAGCAUUCGGCAGCUGCAGAAUCGACUCACAACAUUGUGUGGGACAUCAGAGUGACCAAACCGUCUGCCACGGACUUGUACUAUACUUUUUUUUUUUUUUUAAACACAAGUUUUAUCUCUAUUUUAAAGCUUUCUU